AUGGAGGAGAACUCGGAGAACAAACCCAAGGAGCCGAAGGCGAAGCCGAAGGCUAAGGCCUCUGGCAGGAAGUUGCAGUCAAAGAAGGGGAAGGAAGCCCAGCCAGCAUUGACCUCGAUCAUUGGGAAUGGCGAACAGCCUGACCGAGAACAGGGGAACCAAGAGAUCACAGAGGUGGAGGCCUCCUCUGAGAACCUCAACGAGGACGCCGACAACGAGGCCCUGCAGCUCAACAUCACUGAGGAUCAGUCGUUGAGUCCUCCGUCGCACACGAUCAUGAGGCCCAAGCGGCCGAAGGAGGAGAAUCUCAACCGCUUGCGGAAGCUCAUCAAAAAGCUUGAAGACCUGGAGCCCAGAACGACUGGACCCUAUUUCGAGAAUGAAGACGACCCUGAACUUGAACCAGGAAACAAUGACGAAGCUGAACUGGAGACCGAUGAAGACCAGGAAGAUAACGAGGCUUAUGAGGACCACGAACGUCAGACAGCUGCAGAGCUUUUUCUCAAGGGAGGAACGGAAAGGUUUAGGAGCUUGUCCAGCCGAGACGAGAAGGAAGUGCGGAUGGCGCUUUGCUGCAUGUUCUACCUAAGGGCCGAACUCACCCUCAGGAGGACCUCAGAGUUCUUGAUUUUCCUACUGGGCGAGGCCCGCCUUCGCUUGGAGGAGGAUUUGGAAGAAGGGGAACGUUUGGCAAGCAUGCAUGGCAAAGUCCAGCAGACAGCCAUCGUGCUGGUUGAGAAGCUCCGCGAGAACGACCAGGAGAUGCUUUGGUGCACCAAAGCCGGGGUAUGCAUUCUGGUGCAAUUUCAGCUUGGCGACGCCCGACUCUUCUUUGCUCGCCCUUCGUUGCAACAGAUCAUGCUCGAUAUGUGGCAGGGUGUUCGUCCAGACUACUUCGAGCGAAACUGGUGCCAGCAGCUGCGAGUUUGGAUGAGGCUGCUCCUGUUUGGCUCAGCCAAUUUGGUCAUGGUCCCUCUUUUUGCAGUGGCACCCGGUGUUGAGAGCUAUCUUCAGUGCAAGGUGAUCUUGCGUGCAGACCAGACCCGGCAAGAAGAAGAGGACCGUUGGAAGCGCAUACUCAAGAAACAAAACAAUCAGUGGCCAUACAGGUUUGAAAAGAAGGGGAAGGUUUGUUGGGACAAGGAGGACUUCGAGAAAGCUGUCCGGGAGGAAUGUCGCGAGCAAGUCUUCCAAGUUCAAAGCCGCAUGCCGCUGCUCAUUCCGCGCUACAAGAAAUACUUAGCCAUCCUUACAAACCUAGGCUUCGCUGCUUAUUUGAUCGCAGAGAGGCCGGAAGGGGCCAACGUCCCAGUGGUGCUGGUCCUUAGUGCCGGCGCUUGGUUGGGCGAGGUCGCCCAGCUGGUGAGCUUUGCAAAUGCCAAAGCUGGCGCUCGCAAUUCCUUCCUCUUUUGGUUUAUGGAUCGGGUGAACGUCAUGGAGUUGGUCGCCUUCACGUGCAUUGCAUGGACCACAGUGCUGGUCUUGAUUGACAAACAAUCAGUGGAGUUCGCACAGCAGUUCAAAGCCUUAGGCGUGCUCUUCUUGGGCAUUUCUCAAUUCAUGGCCAUGUUGCGCAUGAGUUCCGUCUUCGGCCCACUGGUGUCCAUGACGAUGAACAUGAUCGUGGAUAUGAUCCAGUGGGUGGCACUACUCUUUCCAAUGAUUGCAUGUGUUGUGGCUGCCCUGGUGACUCUCUUUAAGACUCGAAGUAAGAGCUGCGUGCCCUUUGGCUUCGACUAUCUGAAGGGAGUGGUCAGGUUCUUCGAAGCCCAAAUCGGCGGCGAGAUGCUGCAAGACUCUUUAGAGUGCCUGCGUGGUGCUGAAUCGCCUGCCCAAUUCACUGGGCCACUCAUCAUGAUGCUGGGGAUGUGGAUGAUCAUGAUCCUCAUGCUGAACAUGCUCAUUGCCAUGAUGGCGAAGACCUUUGAUCGCAUCUACGAAUCUGCCAUGGUGGAUUUUCAGUAUCAUUUCAUCGGGAAUUUGCUGCAGAUGAUCGAAGAGCCUGCGGUGCCGCCCAUCUUGCGGACUUUGGGGGUGCCUUGGAGGAUUUGCUCCACCUGCUGGUGGUGGAUUUACCAAAGAGGCAGCAAGCUUUCUGAGAAAAUUGGCACAACACAGAAGGCGCAACAAAAAGUAAAGUUGCGCGAGUCGAGCUUUCAUGAUAUGCAGAAAGAGCUGCAGGAAAGAGAAGAUAAAGAAGCAGAUAUUCUGAAAGCAAUGAAACUCAGAUUUCUUGACAAGAAUCUUACACAUGAAGAUUGCAUCAAGAUGCUCUACGCCUUUGUGACCGAGUUUAUCUCGGAGCAUGCCUCUGACACGCAGGUGCAAGACGAUCUUUGGCGGAAGCAAAUGGCACAGAAGCUUUUCUUGAUGGAUAUCAAGCUAGAGACCAAGGUGGAUACUUUGAGAACACAGCUUGAUGAAAUGUCAAAGAACAUGAAGAGCAUUGAACAAUCGCUCCAAAAGCUGACCGGAAAUUCUGCGGAUUCUAGCCUGCAGAGUAAGCCUGACGUGGAGGGAGUUCAGAAAGAUACCACCUCUUGGGGCUAG